AUGGAAGAGAAACUGUACCGAGAGGCCUAUGACGAGAUCACCUGGUUCUUGCACAGCUCACCGAAGGUGAAGUCUAUUGCGAUAGGCCGAUACAUUGACCUACACUAUUUGUACCAAGAACAGCCCGACAAACACCAGGAAGCAGCUAAAUAUGCUCUAAUAGUUUAUCGGCUGUGUGACUUCUCCGAUGACAUAAGGUGGAAGAUUAGUUUCAGCACGAUCGAAGAGCAGCAUGUAUUCCUCCGGCUUCUGCACCUUGAUGAUACAAAUGAAGAGUACAAACGGCUUGCGUCGAAGAAAGAGAAGGCCAGGAAUGACAGGUCCUUGUUGCGAUCAGGACCGACACCUCUUUCGGCCCCGGCCGUUCAGAAUAAAGAGAAAUUGACUGGUUGUGGAGAAUCGAAUACAAAGCCUCAGCAAUUCAAAGAUCCCCAACAAAAGUCACCGGACACCAGAAUCAAGAACAAGAAUCCCGGUCCAUGA